CAUCACUGAUGGGCACUGAAAGGCAGCACUGAUAUAUGGCACUGAUAGGCGGCACUGACUGGCACUGAUGGGUGACACUGAAAGGCAGCUCAAAUGGGCACUGAUAUGUGGCAUUGAUGUGCACUGGCAGGCACUGAUAUGUGGCACUGAUGGGCACUGGCACGUGGCACUGAUAUGUGGCACUGGCACGUGGCACUGAUGAGCACUGAUGGACACUGACAGGUGGCACUGCUGGGGCUACACUGAUCAUCAGUGCUCUGAUGAUCACUGUCAGGGGACGAGGGCGCAUUCUUUGAGGACGU